AUGUUUAUCAGUUUAUCAACUAUAGGUCUAGGUGAUAUAUCGGUAGCAAGGAGAGAUAUGAUGGUCCUGUGUUUUGUCUUUGUGAUAAUUGGACUUUCAUUGGUCAGUAUGAGCAUCAACGUUGUACAGGUUGCACUCGAAGAUUUUUAUAUAAAUUUAAUGUUGAAAGUAGCAAUUGAAUAUCAGCAGAAAAUGGCAGCAGGUGGAGAUCAUAUGGGCGCUUCUGUUGGAAUGAUGCGCAUGUGGAGUGGCAACAAGACAGCCAAAUAUUUGAUGCCACUUCUAAGUAAGGAAAAGAAACGAGUUGCCAUGGAUAAAGUUGCUCAAGAAGCUCAGGAAAAGGGUAUCGAACUACCUACAAUUCUUAACGACCUCGACGAGAAAACUGGUAUGCCUAAAAUCUUCCAAAUACAUGAAGAUGCGGAAAGUGAGGAACCACCAAGAGAACUGGAACAGAUGGUACAGAAGCAGAUCUUACUGGAAGAAGCCAAUGAAAUUCCAGUUGUGAUAGUACACGAGGUAGAGUGCCAAACCGAUGCCCUGAAGACAUCCGACAAAAUGGAGCAGACCAUGGAAAAAGUGCUGGAGCAGACUUCAUGUCAAACGGAAGAGUUAAAGAGUGAGUGUCAUGAAGAAGAAGUGCAAACCGAAAUGGCUGAAAUACACAGCGUCGAGGCUCAAACUGCCAUCAUCGAGAUGAUCGACGAAGAAGUGCUGACAGUGAUGUCACAACUAAUGGAAGGAGUUUGUCAGACUGAGAGCUUACCGACGAUGGAUCAGAUCUCACAGACUAGUCAAGCUGAACUAGUGGAUGCCGAGGUGGCGACAGAGCUCGAGACGAAGAACGUUCGCAUACAGACUCCAUGUCCGCAGAUCACUGAGCGAACCAUACAAACGGAAGAUCUUGAUGAGCGGAAAUCUUCACCGUCAAAAAUGUCGUCAGCACGGAAACGAUUACGUCGGGCGUUUGCUAAGAAGAAAACGGCUGGAUCGUUUAAUGACAGGCCGACGAUGAGCGAUUGGAAGGACGUUGAAGAAGAAAGUCAACAAGCCGAAGAAGAAGACGGGUCAGAGGAAUCUCUUCAUUGGGAUCCGGUAAAUAUUAUUCGAAGAUAG